AUGGACAAGGCUUUGGAAGCGUACGUCGCGAACGCGACCUACGCAGACGUGCCGCCCUCCAUUGUUGAGGAUGUAUCCACAGGGGCUGUGCCUCUGGUAGCCUUGGUUCGGGCGAUGGGGGCGUACCUCACGAGUGAGGAGGAUGCUUACCGUGCUCGCGCUGUCGGCCUGCUAAGCCAUGUCGUUCAGCACUUAUGUGCCUCCUCGCCCUCGCAUACACAUGCGCAGCUCACACGCAAUGUGAUGCGUACUCUGACAGAGUUCUUCAGCGAGAAGCUCACAGAUGCCGUGGCUGUCGGCGAUGCACUAGCGCGGCGUAUGAACGAUGCGACGCUUGUGCCUGCGUCAGCGUCGCACGACGUGCAAAAGUCGGAAGAGCUACGUGCGAUGAAAGCGGAGCAGAUGCUAUACGACUGCUUGCAAGCGCUGCUCGCGCUCAGCAGUGUCGGCUACGAAGGCGAUCAUGCUACGACGCGUGAUGCCUUUGGUGGCGAAGAAGCGCGAACAGUAAGCCGGGCGUUGUUUGGCCUCUCUCUCAAAUUGUACCCCCAACCGCUGCGUAUGGUGGUGUGCAAGAUCCUUGACUCACUAGUAGCUCGGCAGCGACAGGCCCUACGCGCGAUGCGUACGAGCGCCGAGGCGCCUGAUGGCAGUGCAUUCAUCCAAGGGUACACCAAGCUUGUGGCAGGUGAGAAGGAUCCACGCAAUUUGCUCGUUCUCUUUGGUUUGGCCCGUGUUCUUUUGCUCGAGUGGCCCAUGGCACCGGCUGAGGCUGAGGCCAUGUACAAUGUCUUGUAUUGCUACUUCCCUAUUUCGUUCCGGCCGCUGCCGGACGAUCCGUACGGCAUUGCCCCGGACGACUUGAAACGUGCACUUCGAGCGUGCUUGGCAGCGUCGCCAGCGUUGGCGACACACGGCAUCCCGAUCCUGCUGGAAAAGCUUGGGGCGAGUGGUGGCGCGGCCAAGCUCGAUACGUUGCAGACGUGGCAAGCCUGUUUGCCCGUGUACGGUGCUGCGGCCGCCGCCGCGCAUGCAGACGAUGUCUGGUCGUACCUAAAAUUGGACAUUUUGCAGCCGACAGACGACGCCUCCAGUGACGAGGCACAGCGUACAUUGACGGUGCUCUUGCGUGUCCUGUAUACCGAUGCACCCGUAGAGGGUCUGGCUGAGACGAUGCUGCGCGAGGCAUUGCAAGAGAUGCGCGAGCCAAGCAAGUCGCUGGCCAAGCUCAGUGUCAAGAUUGCCCAGAGCUUUGUGCAGGCCUGUGCACGUACUUCGACGUACGCCACAGAGCACAUGCUGCGGCAGCUGCUUAUGCAAUGGUCGGCGGCAGAGGCCCCGGAAGAGGCUGUGGCCACGCUGAGUCUUCUUACAUCGCUUCUGGACAUUCUUGCAACGACGUACGCUGACGAUGCUUCACGUACGUACGCUGGAGAUCAGCAGCCUCUGCACGCGUUUCAUGACGAGUUGUUGGCGGCCUACACGUCGUCUACCGCGUGUGCGUGCGAGGCAGGGCUGUGUGGCUUGGUUCGGCUGCUUGAGUGCCCUGCGCUGCUGCCGCGGGACGAGUGUACGUAUGCCGUGCAGCGAUUGCAGUCCAUGCUUCUUGACGAGGACGAGAUGGUGCGUGCCGUGGCUUUGCAAGGAUUGGAGCGUGUCUUGGCCGUGCACAAACAAGUCGUGGAACAAACCACGCUGCCGUUCCUCCUGACGCAACUGCCUCAUACGCUGCAAGGCCCGCCGCGGCACGUCCAAACGGCGCUUAGUGCGCUUGCACGACUGUGCACACCGCCGGAUCUGUUUGAUGCGCUGGUCGUACGUAUUUUCUCAUUGCUCUCGGCCAUUGGACGUGGGCCGGCCGAUGCGGCGCAUACAGGCUACGCGUGUGCGCUGCUGGCGACGCUGCAAGUUGCGUUGGAACGCAAAAUCGAGCAGGGCCAUACGGAUGUAGCACGCUAUGCCGCCAGCAUUCCGCCACGUCUGCUAACAUGGCUCACGAGGGAGGAUCAUGUCGCAGCGGCCGUGCCUGUCGUGCAGCAGGCGAGUGAUAUGCUGCUGCUUCUGGUGCCGCAUUUGCCUGCGGCGAAAGCCCAGACGUGGCUCGAUACCAUGUGGGCGGAGAUGGCAUGGCCGCAAGGCCCUACGUGUCCCCUCGGUGCAGCAGACACACGCACACGCAACCUGUUAGCACCGUAUGCGGCCAUUCUGGUCGCCGUUACACGUGAGAUCACGCUGCCUGCCAGUGCCUGGAUCGCCCCGCUCUUGACAUGGCUGCAGGUGGUGGAUAGCGAUCCUGCGUCGGCAGCGCUGCAAACACGCAGUGCUAGUUUCCUCCUGUGUGCUUUGGCCAACAAAUGGGCUACGCCUGACGAAGAAGCGCUGCAGGCGUACUGGCAAACCCUGCCUACGCUGCCGGUCCCUCAACGCAAAGUGGGCCUGGCUGCGUGGCUAUGGCUCGCGCGUGGAUGGGCUGCGUGUGGCACAACGUUUGGGACGGCCAUGUUCACACGUGUGCUAAGCGAUAUGCUGGAGGACGCGCGGCUCGGAAGCCUCGCCGCCAGUGCCCUGCACGUGCUCGCUGAGAACGAUGAGGUGAUGACACGCGCACAUGGGUUCCGACUGCGUAUUCUGUACAAGCAGCGGCUCUUGGAUACAUUGGUCGACACGUUGGUCGACGCGUACCAUACGAAGCGGGAGAACGAGGCGGCACGUACGACAUGCCUCAUUGCUAUUGCGACCGUCUUGCCCGCCCUGCCCGAUGCGUCUUUGCGGGGCCGAUUGGAAGCAUUGCUUCCGUUGUUGGUGCAUACGCUCAGCAUUGACGAUGCACGUGCACGUACAUCGGCUGCCAAGGCCCUGCAUCUCGCUGUGACGCAGUGGCCGGCGGACCGCUCGGUCGCCGAGAUGGAUGCAGCGACGCAGGCGCUGCAGGCGCACGUCGAGGAUCAAGCCUCGACGUUGGUGCGCCGCCUGCUGGCCAAUAGUACGCCAGGGGCAGCGACGCCGCCCUCGACGCGCAUCGCCUCGCUGCACGUCCUUAGCACGUUGGCGACGCAGUUGCCGCUAGACGUCCUGCUCCCGAUGAAGCGCGAUGUGAUUCAUGCGCUGGGCCAGCGCGAUCAGGGGGUAGACGAUCCACGUCGGGCGGUACGUUCGGCCGCUGUGGACUGCCGCGAUGUAUGGUACCGACUACAGCAGGCUGAGACUACAUAG